GCUCUGCAGCGCUGAAAGACAGCCGCACUGCACACUGACAAGCCUGGACGGGGCGAGGCAGCGAUCGCAGUGUGGCCCUCAUCCAUCAUCGCUAUGGGAAUUAGAACAGCGUUCUUUCUGAACCAAGCCCUGAUCCCGUACUAUCUGAAACCGGUCCACCUGGAGACACGGACUAUAAAACACUGCAGUUGAGACUGUCGCUGAACCAGAGCCCGGCUCAGCUUCUCUCCUCCAGUGAGCUUCUGCUGUAGCUGAUGAUGAUGAGAAACAUCUAGAGAUGAGAAGUGUUUCUCCAGCAGUCAACUUGCACAAGGACGUUUGCUCGACCCUCAUCUGUAUUUUGUAAAUCAGGAUGAUGUCUGCCAUGUGUGUUUCCGCAGUGCUCUUAUGUACAGUGGUGGUUGACAUCUCAGCUCAUGUGUUGACCACAACCAGCCCAGAUGAUCAAUCCCUCCUGUCUCCCCGCCACUAUCAGCACACGGACCCUGACUCAGGCACCCAGCUGGUCUGUGACAAGUGCCCGGCAGGCACCCACGUGUCGGUCCACUGCUCCCCAACUGCUGUGAGGGUGUGCAGCCGCUGCCCUGAAGGCACCUUUACACGGGGCGAGAAUGGGAUGCAGAAAUGCCAUCCCUGUCGUCCUCCAUGUCCUGCAGGCUUAAUUGAGAAAGCAAGCUGCACGCCAACCCAGGACCGUGUCUGCACAUGUCCACCCAACAGUUUUUUGUUUGGGGAAGGUGGCACAGAGUGUAAGCCCCACUCACUGUGCCCUCCAGGGACCAGGGUGAAAAGGCGGGGCAGUGAAACAGAGGACGUACUCUGUAAGCCGUGCACCAAGGGGACUUUCUCCGAUGUUGAGUCAAGUGUGGUGAAGUGCCGAACCCACGCUGACUGCCAAGCUCAGGGGCUGGUGCUGCUCACACCAGGGACAAAAGAGACAGAUAAUGUCUGUGGACCCCCUUCAAUAGCCACAUCUUCACCUGUCUCCGCAACCACCCUACUGGGGCCUGCACAGGCUGUGCUUGUACAGGAACCCAUGAGUUCUUCAUCCACCCCAUCAUCAUUACUGGCUGGACCUGCAGAUAAAGGCACCUACAGUCAGGCAGCAGCCAUCCAACUAAGGGGAAACCUGGGUGGGGAAGACCACCGUGGAGGAGGGCUAUUCCUGAGCCAGCCUGAUGCUCCCACCCCACCAAAUCGUGACCCUCCACGGACUCACAAGCAACUCAUGGACCUCGAGCACCAGCUGGGGCAACCCAAUUCUGAGCCUGUGCCUGGCCCCAACAAGAGGGCUGUGGAGGGUCUGGAGGGUGCAGAGGUAGUUAGGGUUGGGACAGGGGUCAGUAAAGUUGCAGGUCAGGGGAGCGGAAGUGGUGGAGGUGGGGUCUCCAGCUACUACAGACCCACUCGCAGGGGGUCCCCAAGGCCAAGCACUCAUGAUCACUUUGACAUCAAUGAGCACCUCCCAUGGAUGAUAGUGCUGUUGCUCUUGCUGGUGCUGGUGGUGAUCGUGAUCUGCAGUGUGAAGCGAAGCUCUCGUGUGCUAAAGAAGGGCCCCAUGCAAGACCCUAGCAGCAUCAUGGAGAAGGCAAUUCAGAAGAAACCGUCUGCGCCUCCAACACAGGUCAAAGAGAAGUGGAUCUACUACUCCAAUGGACAGGGGAUAGAUAUUCUGAAACUGGUGGCUGCUCAGGUGGGCACCCAAUGGAUAGACAUCUAUCAGUUGCUGGCCAACGCCACGGAGAGGGAGGUGGCUGCCUUUUCUAAUGGCUACUCGUCAGAUCAUGAGCGGGCGUAUGCAGCGCUGCAGCACUGGACCAUCCGGGACAGCGACGCUAACCUGGCCAAGCUGAUCAAUGCCUUGCACAGACAUCGCCGCAUCGAUGUGGUGGAGAAGAUCCGCUGUGUCAUGGAGGACAACCCACAGUUUGACAUCAACCAGCUGAUGACCUCAGUGAAUGUAAGCCAAAGCCUCAGUCCCAUCCACAAGCCACUCGAGUCUCCCAGCAGCGUCGGCAGCAACAGUGGUGGUAGCAGUGGUGGUAGUCUGGGUGGGGCUAGCAGCAUGGGCGUGGAGCAGUCACCGGUGGACCGUACCAAGGGCUUCUUCCCCGACGAAUCUGAGCCCCUGCUCCGCUGUGACUCCACCUCCAGCAAAGACUCAGCCCUCAGCAGGAAUGGCUCCUUCAUUACCAAAGAGAAGAAAGACACUGUGCUCCGGCAGGUGCGUCUGGACCCGUGCGACCUGCAGCCCAUCUUCGAUGACAUGCUGCACAUCCUGAACCCAGAGGAGCUGCAUGUCAUUGAGGAGAUCCCAGCGGCUGAGGACAAGCUGGACCAGCUGUUUGAGAUUGCAGGAGUCAAGAGUCAGGAGGCCAGCCAGACGCUGCUGGACUCGGUCUACAGCCACCUCCCUGAUCUGUUAUAGUGGAGGAUGGAGGAAUCACACUAAUAAGAAUUGGAACAGGAUUAAGCAGGAGUGUCUCAGUGGGAGGGAUGAGUCGGAUAUGCUAUUACUCAGAUAAGAUUGGGUUGAUAUUUGAUCUGAUAGAGUCUGACUCAUCAAGUCACAUUGUCAUGGAACUAGGUGUUUGGAUAUGGUGGUUAUCUACUCCCUCCAAUGACUCUUUCAAAUCUUUACUGGUACUUUACUCCUCUUUACCCUCCAAUCUUCCUCAAUUGUCUUGUGUGUACUAUUACUCCUUAAAAACACCUCCAUCCUCUACCAUGAUACAGGGUCAACGCUCAAUAUAAUUAAAGCAUUCUGAGUGUCACACCAGGGAGCACUUUUUUCACUUUUCUGAAGCAUGUUCAGCCUUGUUGAAGGUGGUAUCAUGAGCGUAUUGUCACCUUUACAAAGAGGCUUGAGAGCCUCUAAACUUGAGAAAGAAAAGGCUGGUUUGAAAAGAGAAGCUGACUACAUGGAAAAACAUUAAAAGCACUUUCUUUAUCUUAACUGGCCAAUGCCUUCACUUUUAAAGGGUAAUGCAGAUGUUUUUGUCGGUUGUGCCAAUCAUCCAGGCUUCCCUUGCCUUUCACAUGAUUUCAGUAUUUAAAAAAAAACAAAUUAACAUGGUGGUUAUUGCUAACAGUAUAUGAACAUAUGAAACCACACACAGACAAUAGUAAAUAAGCUAUAACUCGACAUGACACUGGUGUUUUAAGCAGUUUAAGAAUCUUGUAAACCACAUUCACCGAUAUUUUGGCCCAGGUGUGACCCAUUUUUCAUGUGCCUGAGCUGGUCCCUUUUCUCAGCCCCUCUUUUUUGUUCUUUCCACCCCCUCCAGCUGGAGGGAACCUGGAGCAGAUCAUCUGUGUGUCUUAGCAUUUUAGCUUGCAAUCACUCUGCCAGACCAGCAGGGGGCAGUGUUGGAUUAGGGAAUGACCUGCUGCUCUGGAAGCAAAGCCAUACAUUAAAAAUAGUGGAUUAAAUUUAAACAAAAUAAUCCAAUAUUACAAUAGUAAUAUUGAAUCAUUAUGGAGUAAUAUUUGCCUAAUCUAAUAUUAUGAUAUAUGGCUUUGCCUCUGAACUGUUUGCUUUUUGGACAAAUGGUCCAAAGCUAACAAUUAACUAAACAGGAAGGGUAUAGUGUUUACAUUCCCUGCCUGCUUCUCUAGAACCAAAGCCAUAUAUCUAAAACAGUUUAGAUAAGUUGCUUUGGAAGCUCUGUCACCGUUGGACUGGGCAGUACACAAUAAAUACUUCUACCAGUACGCACAUUCAGAUCUCUGCUAGCUAGCCCUUUUUGCCUCUACAAAUGUAGCUUUGAUGAAGUGUUCUUGAUACAUUUUGGAGCUUCAUGUUGGUAUGGGUGAGUGUUUCAGUGGUAUAGUGGAAAUAAUAGAAUACAAGUGAUUUUUUUCACGCAGUGGUAUGUUGCUACAUCCUCUAUGUAGUUUAUAUUAAAAUGUUAUAAUGAUGCACUAAUACUCUUUUCCAUUGAAGAGGCAGACAUAUAUUUUCUGUGUCCUUCAUUUUCACUUUCUUUUAUUCUGAAAUGCUGUUAACUAACAUUUGAUUUUGCUGUUAUGUUUUCUACAUUUAGUUUGAAUUAUUAUGUUACUGUAGCACCUGUUUAUUAUUUUGACUUCUUUGUAUCUCAUGUUUUCAUGGGCAUUCAGAUGUACUCCCCUACCCCCAAGCUUGGCAUGAGAAGAUGACCUGGCUGGGAUGUAAGAUAUGCAUACUCCAUACUCUACUUGAAGUCUGUCUACUUGUGUUACUUGAUUUAAAUGAGGAAGAAAUAAUGUACUCUUUCAGUUCCUUCUAAGUUCAAUCUUAGAAUAAUAAUAAAACUGAAAAAAGCACCACCAAAAACUCAUAAAUGUUCGAAGAGGAUUUUGCAGGUUCCAUGAGAGCAGCAAAUGAUGGACUCUGUUUUCACCAAUCCAGUUACUAUCAGAGCUCCUGUGGUGCUAGAUGUGAACUCUCACCGGUUGGCCUGACACAGGGGGUCUUAACUAAUGACUUUUUCAAGUAUUCCAGACUGAGUGAAGAAGAUUGAGGGUUGUGUUGCUGUGGACUGUGAGAUGUAGACAAUGAUAAGAAUGUGUGAGCUUGCUCUCCACCAUGCUGUAGAGACUUAAACUGCAGGGUGUGAGCUUUUUAUUUUCUAAGGAAGUCUGACAGGAUGAAGGUGAGAUGUAAAACGCACAUGUGGCUUGAGCGGAUGAUUCCAUCUAAUUUCAUGUGUGUAACCAGUAUGUUUACUACUAUGUAACCUCUUAAAAUCAACAAAUUAAAGCUCAAAGCAUUUGUCAUAA